AUGCUCAAGUCCGCGCUUUUCUCCACCCUGCCAAUGCUGAUGCUGGCGAACACCGUCUUCGCCGGCUGUUCUACCCACAGCUUCACGACCUGUGAUGAUAAAAUUGUUCACUGGUUCGACCCCAAUACCGGGGAAAUCUGCGAUCCGCUGGACUGUGGCGGAGGCCGGGCGCCUCCCAGGACCGAUGUGCCCGGGUGCCCUGGCUACAAAGGCACCGAAGUUCGCGCGACGACGCCCUCUUAUCUCCCCUGCUGGAAGCCCUCGACUGCGGCCUCUGAGACCACUGCAACUGUCUCCGCGGAGUCUACGACGGAAGCUGGUAUGACUGAGAAAACCACCGCUCCUUCCACCGGAGCUCAGCCCAAUAAGGGAGGACAAUCUACGACCGUAACUGAUGGAAGCAAAACCACUGCCUCAACUACUCCCUCAACCACUCCCUCGACUACGCCAGCUCCUAGUCGAUCGGCGAAGUCCGAAUCAGCCAGCAAGAACACGGCAAACGCAAGCGAUUCUACUUCCCAGCCAACGCCCACCCCUAAUAAAAACGAGGGUAUUUCCCUCGAUACCUCACUGAUGGCUGUAGCGGGGCUUGCGAUGGGCGCUAUUGCUUUGCUCUGA